UGAUCAUCUUAAACUGUAAUUCUUCCUCACAAUCUAUUUAAGAAACACUAAGGUCUACGUCAUAGCGUGAAUGCUGCCCAGCAAUGUACCUGUAAGACAGAAUGGUCGCCAACGCCGGCAGUAUAAACCCAACUAAUGUGGAGGCUACGGCAUACAUAAGUGCUGUUGCCGCUUUCGCUGUGGUGGUGCUCGUGGUGCUGCUGUUCCUUGGCAGACGCUGGUGUUACAGCGCGGUCUUCGGUCGCAAGUGCUGCGAUGACAUACUCACCGUAAAUGCUACUAUUGCCUCUCCAGGCCUCCCAAUCGAAAAUGCUCCGUUUGAUGCUUUGUCGAAACCGAACCAUUACCCCGAACGUAUAUUCAAAUUCGAGGCCUCGGACGAGGAUGAGGAGCUGCGUUUGCGCAUCCAACAGGACAAGGAGGAGGUGGAAUGCAGGUAUGAGGAGAAAAAUGAAAACCAGGUCCAAUCGAAGGUGGAAGUAGAGCUGAUAGAGACCAGCCUGAGAGAGACGAAGAUUGAUGAUGUGGUCCAACAGAGAGCGGACUACAUACACACACUGGAAGCUCAGAGCAGCGUCGAGAGUGACGUCAUUGCCCAUAAUGAUACAUCUCUAUUGUGUAGUGAUAGUGGCUCUGAGAGGGGAUGCGUUGAGUUAACGCUACUAUUUGACGCGCCCGUCCGCAAUAUGACGGUACACGUGCUGCAAGCACGCUCUUUGCCGCACAAAACUGGCUCCCAAGUGCUGCAGAGCCAGGUCAGAAUAGUUCUGUUGCCUCUGAAGAAGCAGAAAUAUAAAUCUAAAAUACGUAAUGGAGAAAAUCCACAAUAUAUGGAAAGUUUUGUUCUGCAUAAAAUUAAUCCAGAGGAUGUACACGGGAUGGGAUUACGUAUCAGGAUAUACGGCUGCGAGCGAAUGCGCAGACAGCGUUUGCUGGGGGAAGCGAAUGUUAGCUUUGCGACCCUCAAUUUCGAACUCGAGAACAACUUGUGGCUCCAACUUGCACCAAGACAACAUCACCAGCCAAGUCUACAGCUCCCUAAACUAGAUCCAAGCCACUCCAUUGCGGGGGUGCUAGCGAGUCCGUCGUCUAUAACGACCGUGUCACCGGGUGGUAGCGGGGAGGCCUGUAGCUUGGCGCGAUCAGACUCUGCCUCCUCAUGCUGCAGCACUCGCUCUGCACCUGAACUACUCCUCGGACUGCAGUACAACCCCACCACAGGACACUUAUCUGUUGAGAUAAUAAAAGGCACUCAUUUCCGAAAGCUAUCUCCAAAUAAGGCACCGGACACUUACGUCAAGCUAUGCCUCAUCAGCUCUCUUGGAAUGGAGAUGGGUCGCUGCAAGUCCACUACCCGCCGUGCUCAGUCCAACCCCCUCUACAAGGAACUGUUUAUAUUCCAAGUUGCACUUUUCCAACUGACGGAAGUAACGCUGAUGGUGUCUGUGUGGUGGCGUCGGAGUGUCAAGCGCAAUGAAAUGGUGGGAUGGUUCUCCUUGGGACACAGUUCUUCUGGGCGAGAGGAGGAAAGACACUGGCACGAGCUGUGUGAGCGACAAGGACAACAGGUCCAACGCUGGCACGUGUUACUGGACUCUUGAGGGUCCCUGACAUAGCGUGUCCAGGACGCGCCCGUUUGAAUCCGUCUCGUGCCGUUGACGCGCACGACCUUUGCCCCGCGGCGUCUCCUGUGGCCGCACCACGACGGUGCUUGUUAAAGGACCUCACCCAGCCUCAGACACGGCUCUGGAACCUGCGUCCGCUUGCCACUUGUGACCUUGCGAUCCCCGACCUCAGAGGUCUCUCGAAUGUAACGUCUCAUUUAGACGCACCCACCUCUGAGCUCUGUGUGUUGUUGAAUUAUACUCGAUGUGCUUAUAUUUAACUGUUCUUAUGCGGAUCGUUUUCGACUGAACAAGUUUUGAUGUUAAAUGUAAGAUGAAUAUACAUAACGAGAAAACUAUUAUACAAUUGUAUCGAAUACAUUGAGAAACGCUGUCGUAAAGUGACGUAGAGUUAACAUUAAAAGAAUGAAAUGUUUGCAAAGCUUAUAAAGUGUGUAUGUUAAUAUCGAUUUGAUAUUCAAAGUAUAAUUUUGUUUGGUAUGUAUAGGACGGUGGAGACUUGGAGCGCACAAACCAUGUGAGAUAGGAUAAAGUAGCGAAAGAAUAUUUAUUGAUAUUAGAUAUAUUAUACAAUUACUGUUAUAAUCUUUAUUACUUGUUAGGGUUGUACAACUUUUUGCUAAUAUUUAAAUAGUUUGAUUUUUUCAUAUGGCGUUAUAUAUGUAUACUUUACUUAAGAAGUUAAAGGUGGGUUAUGAAUCUGCACGAGCCAUUGAUUAUAUGAAAUUUUAUAAACAAAAAUAUCUUUUAACAAUCGUAUAUAUGUGUAGGCAGGGACCGGUGAGGAGUUUGACAAGACGAAUGCACAAAUAUUAUAAGUUCAUAGAAAUUUAGCUGAGAUAUUUUUAUAUAUAUUAAAGCCAACUUCCAAGCUUUCAUUUUAUAAUAGAUAACAAAAUUUUUUUAUCGGAAUAUUCACGAUAUUUUUCUCUUAAUUAAAUAAGAAAUGUAAAUAAACUCGCAUUGAAAUAAACACUAAAAUAGUUGUAGGUGAGUAGACGUUAUGAUUUAUUAAAAAUUAUUCUUAAUAAAAUCUAAUGUGAAUUCAAUUACGUUCUAGUGACGAAAAUAGCUUUUUUUUAUAUUUAUAUAUAUUUAUUAUGGAACGUAUACAAAAAUAAAGGCGGGUAAAGUGAAGCGAGGUAAAGUAUUUGUCCAUGUAUGUUAUCAUUGUCUUCUUCAUUCAUUCAAAGUGUUGAAAUGAAAAUUUUUAUUAUUACAUAUAAUAGUAUAUCUAAAACUGAGUGUAUUAAUUCUUGUAUGCAGUUUUGUGUAAGCGACGUUUAUGAUAUACUGAAAGUAAUCUGUUUUGUACGUUUAUUCUGCUCAGGUUGGCGCCAUAGUAGGUACUUGUUAUAACGAAAAUUUUAUUAGUUUUAUUACUUUUUCAAGGGUUUUCAGAAUCUAUUAUAUUAUAUCCUUAGGUACCAGAAAACUUCGCUUCCUCGUAUAGAAAUUAAACCAGAAUAUAAAUAUAUAUAUAAUUAUUUCAGAUACUCCUUUCUACUAUUUUAUUUGUAUCUUAUCUUACAUUACGUAUGACGUAAAAGAAAAUACAACGGUGUGAUAGUUGCAUUUCGAUCUAUAAGGUAUAAUAUCCAAAAUUAUAAAUGUAGCGACUUUACAGAGAGUUAUAAUUGUGUAGGUACGAAUAGCUUGCUUACGACCGACCAAAAUUUUGUAUAUUUGAUAAAAUACUUGAUAAUAAUACCUUUUUGUCUUUCCCAAUCAAUUAACCUUAUAAAUGAUAGUUCUAGAUGUUAUCUUUGUAUCGUAGAUUAAUUUGUUUUUAAAGUUUCUCACAUUUAUUAAAUAUUAAAAUUUAUAAAUGUCCCCAAAUGAUUAUGUAUGUUUCUGUGUAAUCUGUAUGCUUAAUAUAAGUUUGUACCGUCACACUACAUACGAAGCGUUUUCCGUUUCUCAUUGAAUGAACUGCGUUAAUACUAUGUGUAAAUGAAAAAAUAUUAUUAACAUUCGGUAUGUAGUGAGACUAUGCAAACUUAGUGUAAACGAACCACUGCUAAACGUAAAUAUAAAACUGUUUUUAUAGUAACUACAUUAAAAUGAUGUCCGUAUGUGCCAGUAUAUUAAAAUUAAUAUUUCGCGCAGCACCCAAAAUAAAUGAGUUUUCAUUGACAGCUGACAGUGACUUAAAUGGCGGGAUUUGCGAUUUUUUUUUUUUUUGUAAAUAUUUUUACCGCUCUGGAUACGAGUCCUUUUGAGCAAGGAUUUGCGAUAUGCCGUGUUAUUGUUCGCAGUCUUCAAAACCAGGCAUUCGUUCCAAUUAAUAACCUAGCAACAUUAGAAAAAUAUAAAUGCACUUUUCAUCACACAUAUUUCCGUUUAAAUUGUGUAAAUCCCGCUUAAUAACUACAUAUAUUAAUCAGUGUUUUAUUCAUUCAAACUACCAAUUAUUUCCGCUUUAACUAUAAAAUGUCAUUAUACUGAUACUUUGGUUAUUAUUUUUAUAAAGAAAUAGUAUAUUAUAUACAUAUCUAGAUAGUGUUCUUGAAUAUUCAAAAUACUCUUUUUUGGUAACAUUAUUAUAUUCUUAUAUACAUAUGAGUUAAUUGUGAAACUAUCGAAAUAGUUGAUUCAAAUGUGAGUUUUAAUAUUGGCUUUUUAUUUAACAUGAAACUACGUUUGUUACAAUUACUAAUGUUCUCAAUAAAAUACUUUAUACAAUUUCCUAA